GGCCGGUGGCGGCGCUGACGACAGGCGCUGCCUGGUGGAGGCAGCCUAACAACGGCACCAGCCAGCGGCCGCCCCGCACUCCGCCCGCCCGCCCCGCACCGCACCAAGCAACGGCCGCACCUCUUCCUAAUCCUCCUCACAGCCACCGGUGGAAGUCAUUGAAAUCUGAAUCCAACUGUAUCAAGACACAGGGUACUGAAGAAUUCAAGAAACACUGCUCGUUGAAUACGCUACACAAUGCGCGAGUAUAAGCUGGUGGUCCUUGGUUCAGGAGGUGUUGGAAAAUCAGCUUUGACUGUACAAUUUGUUCAAGGAAUAUUUGUUGAAAAAUAUGAUCCAACAAUAGAAGAUUCCUACAGAAAGCAAGUUGAAGUAGAUGGACAACAAUGUAUGCUUGAAAUCCUGGAUACAGCCGGAACGGAGCAAUUUACUGCAAUGAGAGAUCUAUACAUGAAAAAUGGACAAGGUUUUGCAUUAGUAUAUUCUAUAACAGCACAAUCAACCUUUAAUGACUUGCAAGACUUGAGAGAACAAAUUCUUAGAGUCAAAGAUACUGAUGAUGUGCCAAUGAUUUUGGUUGGUAAUAAGUGUGACUUGGAGGACGAGCGGGUAGUUGGAAAGGAGCAAGGACAGAACCUGGCAAGACAGUGGUGUAACUGUGCCUUUCUAGAAUCCUCUGCAAAGUCAAAGAUUAAUGUUAAUGAGAUUUUUUAUGAUCUGGUCCGACAAAUCAACAGAAAAUCACCAGUUUCUGGAAGGCCUCCAAAACCAGCUAAAUGCCAGCUGCUUUAAUACAGUCCUAUUUUGACAGAAGCAGAUCUGAUGAACCAUCUCUCAUUUUGACAGUGCCAGCAUUCCACUUUAGUGAACCCAAUGACAAUUGAAAAAUGGACUUUCCUGUGGUGGUACCUUUCAACAAACGGAUGAAAGCUCCCAAGUCAUUUUGCACAAAGAACAGAAAGCUAUUUUUUACUUCAAAACAUUCUAUUCGUAGGCAACUGUUAAACUGUAUCCUACUUUCAGUGUUAUUACUGAUCAUAAGGGAGGAAGCAUACCUUUUACCAAUGUUGUAUUAAACUUAUAAUUAGUAGAAAUUCCUUUUUUGGCAAAGACAAAUUGUAAUUUACUGAAAGCUCCACUAUUUUAGCAUCAUUUAGAUGGAAGUCCAAAGAUCUCUUUAGAUGAUUUCUCACAACCAACUGCUUAUUUGAUAUUUGUAUCUUCUUUAAAAUGGAGAUACAAGAUAAUCGUUCUCGUGUAUAAUUGCGCUCUGAUCAUUGAAAGCUAUUAAAAUUAUUAUUUUUUAUUUUAAAAUGACCUGUGGAAAUAGUUACUCUGUAUAGAAUAUGUAUGUUUUGUCUCAUUUAUAUUUUGUCUGUUCUAUAAUAUUGCCUUUUAAAUAGCUGUUAACAUUUUCAGAAAAUGUCUUUCCUUGUCAGUUUCCUUUUUGUUUACAUAAGGAACAAUGUUUAUAUGGAUUGUACAGUGCGGGUCUACAUCGGAAAUAUAUAUUUUAACAUAUUUUAAGAUUUUGCGACUUUGUUUGGAGAUCGAAAUGCUCCUGAGCUGUAGGUUCUCACUGUAAUUCUGCUUGCUUAUGCAUAUUUGUAAUUACCAGUACCAAAUAUACAUUGAAUUAGACAUUGCCUGUUAGUGGUUAUGUUACGCGUGUACUGUUUUGUUGAAAUGUUUCUAAGUGGAAGAGUACUGUGGGUAUUGAUGGUAAAUGUGAGAAUAAUUAUUUGAGUGUAAUUGGUUACAUAGCCUAAGUUCUGCUGAUCUUAUUUUAUAAUGCCUUGAAUACUUUGUGUACAUUAAUAUUUGGAUAGAAGAUUAUCUGAGGAAUUGAGCCACGGUAUUUGAAAUUGAAAAUUAAUGCUACAGAUGCUUUAAGGUAGCCAAAUGCAAACUUAUAAAGCCUUAAUUUCCAUAGAGUGCAAUUUUUUGAAUAACCUCUUCUGUUCCAUAAAUUUAGAUUGCUGUGCAAGGGCUUGCAUUAUGAUUAUCUGCCACUUGAAUGUUUUGUCAUGUUUUAACUGCAAGUAAAUAAAGUACCUGUUUAACUUUUGUAACGGUAA